UACACAAAACACACACACGCACACUCACUCACACUCGCAUAACACACUGACACACAAGAGCGCGCGCGCGUGCGUGCGUAUCCAAGCCCUCCGCGCGCGGUGGAGAGACCAGUGCGGUCCCGCGCGCUGUCAUUUCAGGUCUGCUUGUGCUCUAUCAAACUCUCUCUCUCACACACACACACAUACACACACAAGCAUACACACACACACACAUGCACUAGAGCACGGGCGCGCGCACACACACACUGGCGUGGCGGAACGCGCUGCUGUCGCGCAGUGAUUCUCUUCGCGUCUCCGGGACUUUUUAGCUCUCUGUCUUCUCCAGCAGGUCAUACUGAGAAAUAAAGCAGUCUGACCCAAGAGUUGAAAGGGUCAAAGGUCAUGACCUUACUUUGAUCCCAGAUCCCUCCCUUCCGCUCUGGUGACCUCAUGUUCCACACGUUCCCUAACAAAUCGCGGGCGCAGGCGUCAGUCAGCAUGGAGAAGACGUAUUCGCUCACGGCGCAUUACGACGACUUCCAGGAGAUCAAGCAAGGCAGUCGUUACAGCAGCAGCACGCUGAGUAACGGCAUGAGUCUGCAUCUGGGCGGAUCCCUGGACCGUGGCAGCCGUGGCCGGAGUGGGCGGGACAAAUGUGUGGGCGUGGCUGGGGGUGGAGCUGGGGGCGGGGCUCCGGCUCGCUGGAGCCGGCGUGAAAUCUGCCUGCUCUCUGCGUUAGUGUUCGCAGCGGGGAUGUGCGUGAUUCUCGGAUGCAUGCUGGCACUGAAGUUUCUGUCACUGGAAGCACAGGAUUCUCAUUGUCGUCAGGAUUGUAUGAAGCGGCGUUCGUUGCUACGGGCCGCACGCUUCGUCCAGGGGAACGUCGACCCGAGCGUCCAGCCUUGUUACGACUUCUACAGCUUUGCUUGCGGCGGGUGGCUCCGCAGACAUGGAAUACCGGAGGAUAAACUUAGCUACGGGAUCAUCACCGCCAUCGGAGAACAGAACCAGGAGAAGCUGCAGCGCCUCCUACAGGCGCCGGUGCAGAGGAACGAGCCGGACAGUGCCGAGAGAAAGGUUAAAGAAUUUUAUCGCUCAUGUAUCAACAUGAAGGAAAUUGAUCGCCUGGGGGCGGAGCCUAUGACAGAGGUGAUUGACAGCUGCGGUGGGUGGGACCUGUCCGGAGCUCCUCCUGGAGGGGCGGGGUGGGACAGUGGCUCCGCCCCCGUGAGGCCAGAUUUUAAUGAGAUGCUGUUUAAGACGCAGGGAGUUUACAGCACAUCCGUUUUCUUUUCACUCACCGUCAGCGUGGACGAUAAAAACUCGUCACGCAACGCCAUACGGAUCGAUCAGGAGGGUUUGACUCUGCCGGAAAGGACUCUGUAUCUGGGACAAGAUGAAGACAGUGUGAAGAUUCUGGCAUCUUAUAAGGCGCUGAUGGAAAGAUUGCUGAGCAUGCUGGGAGCUCACAACGCCACGCUGAAAUCUCGAGAGAUUCUGGAUCUGGAAACGAGACUGGCAAACAUCACUGUGACUGAAUAUGACGACCAAAGAAAGGACAUCAGCAGCAUGUACAACCGAAUAACACUGAAACAACUGCAGAAAAUGGCCCCAAGUUUCCACUGGAAGCGUUUGUUGGACCGGAUCUUCAGUGAUAAUUUCUCUGAUGAAGAGGAGAUCAUAGUUUUGGCCACUGAUUACAUGCAGACAGUGUCGGACAUCAUUAAAACCACGUCUAAACGGGUUCUUCAUAACUACAUGUUGUGGCGUAUCGUGGCGGCGCUGAGCGAGCAUCUCUCCACGGCGUUUCGCAGCACGAUUCAUGAGUUCUCGCGCGAGGUCGACGGAGGCGAGCGUCAGCUGGAUCUGGAGCGGCUGUGUCUCAAUCAGGCCAACAAACACUUCGGCAUGGCCCUCGGCGCGCUCUUCGUCCAGCAGCACUUCUCCUCCUCCAGCAGAGCCAAGGUGCAGGAGCUGGUGGAGGACAUCAAACACUCGUUAGAUCAGAGACUGCAGGAGCUCGACUGGAUGGAUGAAGAAACCCGAGGCGCUGCCCGAGCGAAGCUGCAGCACAUGAUGGUUAUGACCGGUUAUCCUGACUUCCUGUUAAAGCCUGAGCUCGUAGACGAGGAGUACGGGUUCGAUGUGAACGAGAAAACAUACUUCAGGAACGUCCUCAACAGCAUCAAGUACAACAUCAAGCUCUCCGUUAAAAAGAUCCAACGAGAGGUGGACAAGACCACGUGAGUUUGAGAGAACCAGACAGGAAGUGAUGUCACUGA